AUGAGCAUUGAGCUUGAGAGAGAUAGCAAUGAUGACUCGCAUACGCUCCACGACCUGCCGCUUCGGCAACCCGCCUCAUCCCCCCUCCCAGGCGUCCGAAUUAAUGGUGACCGCAAUACAACGCCGUUGAGGGCCGCUGCACCGAUCGCCAUUAAUCCCGUUGCUUUAGUAACGACAGAAUGCAUUGCCGUUACGUCGGCUAUGAGGAAACAUGCGAGAUGGGCACACUCGUCGGUGGCAGCAAUUCUGGGUGGAGGCGUGAGCUCGAGGGGUUUGGAUCGGGAGACAUCGAGUCCCAUGAGCCCCGGGAGCUUUUCUCUCAGCUCAAAGCCUAUACAGAGAUUUGGAGUUUCGAAACCUGGUGCGCCAAAUGCGGAUGGAGACUACUCGCUGGCAGGUAGAUGGGGCCUAAGAGGAAGAAGAGGCAAAAGCAUACAGGAUAACCCGUUAAUGUCGGCAUUCACCAGACUUCGACUUGACUUGAAGGAUUGCAGUGAUAUACGGUUGUUCGACACACCAUCCUUGUUGCACCCGUUCUUGCAGGUUAUCCGAUCCUCCUCGACUUCGGCUCCAAUUACGUCGUUGGCCCUCACUGCCAUAACCAAGUUUUUUGCCUACAACAUCAUCAACAAUGACUCUCCUCGCUUGUCGGUGGCGCUGCAGCUAUUAUCCGCAGCUAUUACACACUGUAGAUUUGAAGCCAGUGAUUCGGCAGCCGAUGAGAUUGUGCUCCUUCGGAUAUUAAAGCUCAUGGAGGGAAUGCUUUCUAGGUCAGAGGGGGAUUUACUGGGCGAUGAGAGCGUGUGCGAAAUGAUGGAAACCGGACUGAGCAUGUGCUGUCAAGUGCGUCUAUCAGAGGUGCUCCGGAGAUCGGCUGAGAUGUCCAUGGUCAAUAUGUGUCAGAUAAUUUUCCAGCGGCUGGCACGUCUCGAUAUUGAAGAUGAGACCCAGCCGGAGUCAGGCCUUGGGAAUGAAAAGGUCGACGAAACCUCGAAGAACCUCAAGAUGGACCCUUCUGUAGAUGGGGAAACUGUGGCAUCACAACACGUGUCGAGUUUGGGGACUGAUACCGCCAACCCUGAGAAGGAGGAGCGUGCUAGUGGUGAGAGCUCGACAGAUACCCAGGCUCAAGAAGAAGAAGGAGGGGCUACUGCACAAACCAAGCCAUAUGAGGAUUUAGAAAAGGAAAUGAAGCCAUACGGGCUACCUUCGAUUCGCGAGCUCUUCCGCGUUCUCAUUGAUCUGCUAGAUCCACAUAAUCCCCAGCAUACGGAUGCGAUGAGAGUGAUGUCUCUCAGAAUUAUCGAUGUAGCCUUGGAGGUUUCUGGUCCUUCUAUUGCAAGACACCCAAGCCUCGCUCAACUUGCUAAGGAUGAUUUAUGCCGGCACUUGUUUCAACUAAUAAGGUCGGAUAACAUCGUCAUCUUGAAUAGCUCGCUAAGGGUUGCUGGAACAUUACUUGCCACAUGUCGUCGAGUUUUGAAGCUACAGCAAGAAUUGUUUCUCUCUUACCUUGUUGCUUGCCUACAUCCAAGAGUUGAUAUACCUAGAGAAGAAGGGAUUGAUCCGUCUCUUUAUGCUGGAGUUCCACGGGCUCCAAAAUUGGUGAAACCAUCACCAUCACAGGCAGGGAGCGGGCGAUCAACACCGGUGCCUGUUAAAGAUCGUCAAAAGUUGGGCAUGGAAGGCGGGUCUCGAAAGCCUGAGGCUAGAGAAGCCAUGGUCGAGAGUAUCGGAGCCCUCGUAAGGAUUCCUAACUUUAUGGCUGAGCUCUUCACGAACUACGACUGCGACGUUGAUCAAGCAGACCUUUGCGAAGAUAUGGUUGGCCUAUUGUCCCGAAAUGCCUUCCCAGACUCUGCAACAUGGAGCACUACCAAUGUUCCGCCUCUGUGUCUUGAUGCGCUUUUAGGUUACGUUCAGUUCUUAGCAGACAGACUUGACCAAGGUCCUCCAAGUGAUGACCAUCCUGAGCUAAAGCGGCUACGAAGUCAGCGUGAGAAAAAGAAAAUUAUCAUACAGGGAACCUCGAAGUUCAAUGAAAAGCCCAAGGCAGGGAUAGCGUUUCUUGCCUCGAAGGGUAUAAUUGAGAAUCCUGAUGACCCCUUGCUUGUCGCCAAAUUCCUGAAAGGGACCACCAGGGUAUCUAAAAAGGAGCUUGGCGAUUACUUGUCCCAUAGAUCCAACGAACCGCUCCUAGAUGCAUUUAUUGGACUACAGGAUUUCACAGGAAAGAAUGUAGUUGAAGCUCUGAGAGAGUUACUAGGAUCCUUGAGAUUACCAGGCGAAGCUCCGCUGAUUGCAAGAAUUGUCACUGUUUUUGCAGAAAAAUAUCUUGAUGCAGUCCAUCCCGAAGAAAUUGCGGACAAGGACUCGCUCUUCGUCCUAACAUAUGCCAUUAUUCUCCUUAACACGGACAUGUACAACCAGAACAUCAAACCCCAAAACAAAAUGUCAUAUGAAGGGUUUGCCAGAAAUCUCCGCGGUGUCAAUAAUGGAAAGGACUUUUCGACAGAGUAUCUACAGGAUAUAUACUCAUCAAUUCAAAAUAGUGAAAUCAUCCUGCCGGAUGAACAUGAGAACAAACAGGCGUUCGAUUUUGCAUGGAAAGAGCUGCUGCUGAAGGCAAAGUCAUCGGGAAACCUUUCACUUUGUGAAACAAAUAUUUUUGAUGCCGACAUGUUCGAAGCAACUUGGCAGCCGGUUAUUGCUACAUUAUCAUAUGUUUUCAUGUCGGCAUCAGAUGAUGCGGUGUUCUCAAGGGUGGUUAUUGGUUUCGAUCAAUGUGCUCAAAUUGCGGCGAAAUAUAAGCUGAAAAGUGUCCUCGAUCGCAUCAUAUACUGUCUAAGCUCCAUCAGCACGUUGGCAUCAGCGACACCUUCAAACACUUCUCUCAACACCGAAAUACAGGCCGGAAAGAAGAGCGUUAUGGUUAGUGAGCUUGCUGUCCGACUCGGCAGAGAUUUUAGAGCGCAGCUCGCCACAGCGGUGCUCUUCCGUGUCCUUGUUGGCAAUGAAGCCCUAAUACAGAAGAACGGGUGGGACCAUAUUAUUCAAAUCCUCCAUAAUCUAUUCAUCAACUCCCUUAUCCCUCAAUUCGACACUUUCUCUAAGGUCCUCGAUAUGCCCCCUAUCCCUCUCCAGCCACCGUCUCAAGUUAUCGAUCGCGACAGUCGGGAGAGCGAUACCAGCCUACUCUCUGCCUUUACAUCCUAUCUUUCAAGUUAUGCCGCCGAUGACCCACCCGAGCCGUCUGAUGAGGAACUUGAGAACACAUUGUGCACGGUAGACUGCAUCAACGCCUGUGAUGUAGCUCAACUUUUCACCAAUCUUAGGAACAUGCCGCUCGACUCCGUGGUAUUAUUCGUGGAAUCCCUACUCGCGGAACUUCCUGAUUCUGGGGCUGCAGUCAUUGUCGUGAAAUCUGAGCGCCCUGUUCCAAAUCUACAGAGAUCUGAGAGCAGUAAGACGGACAAGAAUAAACCUGCCUACAAGCCUGGCGUUUUAUAUAUUCUUGAGCUUGCGACUGUCCUCACCCUCCGAGACAAGGCCACAAUAGAAAGACUCGGGGACCAGUUGACUGUCGCCCUCCAGGAUAUUGUGCGGGAUGCCAAAAAUAUACACCACUUGACUCUGUCUCGAGCUGUUUAUUAUCUUUUAACACUUCUCCGCCAUAGCUAUGAACAAUCGUUCAUGCGACCACCUGUGGUAUUGCAUAUAAUCUCCAGCUUCGACCAACCUAUUCUGGAAAUAGUUGCAACUCCUGUCGUAACUGGCUUGUUGCAAUGUCUUAACGAGUCCGAGGCUCUGAAGAACGAACUUAGCACUUCACCAGACUUCUGGUCUAUUCUUCAGAGAUUGCAUCAGCAUCAUGAUGCUGCCCAGAUGGUAUUUGAGUUGCUACAGGGUAUAGUUGAGUCGACAGUCCCAGUUAUUACGGCGGAUAAUUAUGAGGCUGCAGUAAACAUCACGAACGAUUUUGCAACUGCCGGAGGAAUUGCUACUGUGAGAGAGAUCAAACGUGAAAUGGCGCUUCGCCGACCCAAGCCAGUCAAACAAGUUAGGGUUCGGGACAAUCCAUUUGUCAUCCGUGGAACGAAAGCGAUUGGAGUAAUCCACCGGAUUACUGGCCGUAUACCGACGCUCAUCCAACAAUCCCACCUUGAAAGAAACGAAGCAUGGGCUGCGUAUUGGUCUCCGAUAUUCAAUGCUCUCACAAAUCAGGGUCUCAACCCGUGCCGCGACAUUCGCAAUCAAGCCAUGUCCGCGCUUCAGAGAUCCUUGUUAUCACCUGAGCUUGCAUCGACAGACCACACUGAAUGGGUCGCAAUCUUUGGGGAGGUUUUAUUCCCAUUGAUCUUACGACUACUCAAGCCAGAGGUGUAUCAGUCCGACCCCCUAGGUAUGAGUGAGACUCGAGUCCAGGCCGCCACCCUACUGUGCAAGAUAUUCCUUCAUUAUCUCGUCCUACUCUCCGAGUGGGAGGGUAUGUUAGACCUGUGGCUGAAAAUUUUGGAUAUCUUGGAUCGAAUGAUGAAUAGCGGGCAGGGAGACAGCCUUGAAGAAGCAGUACCUGAGAGCCUAAAGAAUAUUCUUCUUGUCAUGGCCGAUGGAGGAUACCUGGUAGCACCGCCGAACAAGGACCCCACAAAGGACAAGAUAUGGACUGAGACGCGAAAACGACUCGACCGGUUCCUCCCCAAUCUUUUUGCAGAGAUAUUCCCCCCUGCUCCGGCAGAUGCACGCCCUUCAAGGCCCGAAGGUAGUGAUACGAAGCAGCCCGGGGCAAAACCACAAAGCGAUUCAGGCGUUGGUGACGACAAGGACCAGAGUGCUGACGUACCUAGAGAGCCAGAAGGUAAUACCAACGCUGGUGAAGUGGGACAGACCGAACAGGCCGAAGCUGAGUCUGACGAUGAAGUGGAUUAG